UGUUUCAUUUUCUCACCAACAACUCGUGAGGUCUCCACCGGUGGCCCUAUUGUAUACCCGCAGGAUCUCUCUUGGCAGCCCCCUCGCUUCUAUCCAUAAGCCCAUUCGGGACCAUCGAUUGUGUAAGGACAAUGAAGGUCAAUCUCAAGAAUUCGACGGCCACAGGAUCGUUGCUUUGCCUGCUGGGUGCAAGCACGGCGCACGGGAGCUGCUGCGAGCGGACACAGGUGAACAUGUUGGAGGCACCGCCUCAUGGGCACGCCAAGCAGUCUCCGACAAUUCCCGCGUCCUCCCUGCCGGACACGUUCGACUGGAGCGACGUGGAUGGGAGGAGCUACCUGCUGCCGAGCUGGAACCAGCACAUCCCCACAUAUUGCGGCUCCUGCUACGUGCACGCGGCUCUAUCCGUGGUCCAGGACCGCAUCAAGGUUGCAAAGGGGGGGCGACCCCCCGACGUGAUGCUCGCCAGGCAGUCGUUUAUCAAUUGCGGAGAGGCUCACGGGUUCGGCAAGGGCUGUGGAGGGGGGAACGCACCUGACAUAUACAACUUCAUGCACGAGGUGGGCCUGCCGGAUGAAACUUGCAACGCCUACGUUGCGAAGGAGUCCGACACGUGCGAUGCUGAAGCCAUGUGCAAGAACUGCAUGGUUCAGGCUGACGGCAGUCACGAGUGCUGGGCCGUGGAGCGGCAGAGCCGGUACUACGUGACGGAGUGGGGCACGAUAGAGGGGGGGGAGGAGGCCAUGAUGAGCGAGAUAUUUUCUCGCGGACCAAUCGGAUGCGCGUUACUUAGCGACGACGCAUUCGACUACGACUAUGAGGGAGGAGUUCACACCGCCCAGGUCCCCGGGAACCUGACCGUGGCCGACGUCAACCAUGACGUGGAGGUGACCGGGUGGGGCGUCACGAACGACGGCGUCAAGUUCUGGCAGGCGAGAAACUCGUGGGGGACCUUCUGGGGAGAGCAGGGUUUCUUCAAGAUCCAGCGAGGAGUGGACCUGAACUUCAUCGAGUCGGAGUGCUACUUUCCAGUCCCUGAAUACGGCGACGAGAGCCUCCUGGCGGCCGGCGACCUGACCGGGAGUUUGCGUGGUCUGGUGCCCAAGGGCGACAAGGCAGCCGCGGAGGGGGUCUUCUUCCGACGGCAGCUCGCCAAGCUCGACUGGACUGCUCUCAAGACCCCGCCGAUUCUUCUCGCCGCGGAUGCUUUCCGUGAUGGUGAGCGCGGGGGAGACAAGAUCGGCAUGGGUGGUGGCGGCGGCGCCGCUGUUGACGAUGGCGCAAUUACUCCAAGUUCGCCGCGCCCAAGUAGGUCCAGUUCCGAAGGCGUUGGCGGGCCAGGGGCAGCCGGGGGGCGGGACUGGGGAGAAGGUGUAUUGGUCGGAGUCGCAGUCGGAGUCCUGGGCAGUGUCUUCGUGGUUGCGGUAGCUUUUGCCAUCAGAAAGGUAGUGCGAGGCGACCCACCUUAUAUUGACAUUUCCAAUGGCGCCAACUCUUGGUGAGGGUACCUGAUGACGUGUCACUGCCUGAGUUCACCCGUCUUGAGCCUGAUUUAAGGUGUUAAAGCUUGAACUAGCUCACACUCCCGGAGUCUCAACCGUCCGAUUUCAGUUACAUUUCCGGAGUGAAUCCAGUUUGUUUGGAUUGCCUGGUACCAGAUGUAUUGCCCUCUGUGCCAGUACAAGUAAAGUAUAACUCAUGAAUUGUGUGUU